AUGGCCCGGGCGUCCUCCAGGUUCUGCCAAGGGCCCGGAGCCAUCUGCGGCUUCCGAUGGCGCGACCUGGCCAUGGUCAUGAUGGUGGCGGCACUGAACUCCUCUCUCACCUGGCAACUCGAGCUGCUCCGUGGGCAGCAGCAGCCUCCCCUUCUGAACGCGCUGUUCAGCAAAGGCUUCCACAGCAGCUCCGCGUGGGUCGAGGAGUCCCUGGGCCCGUUCCUCACGCUCCUUGCAGCCACGAUCAUCAAGCUGUUGAUGACCCUCCUGGCACUGUCUUGCCCGACCCCCACGGGCGUCAUCGCCCCGACCAUGGUUCUAGGAGCGCUGAUGGCUCGAUCGCUGCUCUGCUUUGUGCCCAACGCUUGCCUGGCGAGGGUACUGGUAGCACCUGGCGAGGAUCCGAAUGCGGUGCCCGCCGAAGCCAUCGGCGCUCUGGCAGCGAGACUGGCCAUCGUUGGCUCAGCCGCAUUUGCCUGUGGCGUGUCCCGCGCCUUCGGCGUUGCCAUCACGACCUUCGAGGUGCUUUCGCUGGAUAGCAUGGUGCUCCCGCUCAGCUUGAGCAGCCUGGCCGCAAUCUUCACGGCGAACUUGGUCUCCCUGCCCUUCUUCGACCUCGGCCUCGUGCGGAAAGGAUGGGGAUGCAUCAGCGAGCUCACAAGCACUUCGCGUGCAGAGGAGCCCGCCUUUGAGUUGAUGGAGGCGUUUACGGAGUUUCCAGCGCUGGAAGAAAGGUCCAGCUGCCGCGCAGUGCAGCAGGCCUUAGCCUACACUCCUCUGCAGUUCAACUUCCCCAUUGUGGUCAGGGACGAAUUCCUGAAGAAGCAUCACCCGCAUCACAGCAUCCUCCUGGGAUCCGUCACGCGCGAGGCCCUCGAAGAGCUGAGCCGGCAGCUGAAGGCGAAGGAGUCGCCUGAGGAGCAGGAGGUGGAUUUGUUGCACAUGAGAUGGCCAGGCGGCCAUCGCCUCUUGGCCGAUCCGGUGCCGUUGGCGGUGGAUCCUCUGGCCACGGCCCAGGAACUCUACGUGAUGCUGAAGGUGAUGAAGAAGGAAUGCGCCUACGUCACCGGGCACGGGGUUCUCCUCGGGCGCAUCAGCCUGCAGGAACUCCUGGGCAAGGGCCUUCCCAUCACCAAAGGGCUCGGGGCGGUGCACAACGAGACGAUCCUGCUCUCGCUUGAGGAUGCCGAAACGCCCGGUGAGAAGGGAGAGAGCCACGAGCAGAGCUGGGUUGCAAGCUGA